AUGGACCCCCGGCGAGGCCUCUACACCUUUUUGUUCGUCUUUUUUCUCACUGCCUCGGGGGUGACCGGGUGGAACCUGACGGUGGUGCACUCGGGCGACACGUUCGGGGCCGUGGUGGCCGUCAACGUGGCCAACAACCCGUGUGCGCCCACCGACACGUCCUACACGUCGGACCUGCCCUUCUGCCUGGGCGGGGUGGCCCGUCGCGCCGCCCUCAUCGCCCAGCUUCGAAAUGACAGCGCACACGCGCUGGUCGUGGACACUGGCAACAGCCUCCCGGGAGCCAACUACUUCCUCUUCAGCCCGGAGCUGGUGACCAACUACACCAAGGGCGUGGGCUACGACGUCGUCAAACUUGACCUCUACGACAUGCAGGGCGGUCUCAGCGUGUUGAGCUCGUUCCUGGCUGCCAUGGAGGCCGACGGCGCGACAGCGGUGUGUUCCAACCUGGUGGGGAUGCAGAACGAGUCCGCGCUGGCAAACCUGACCGUCCAGCAGUACGCCACCAUCGGCUACACCGACGGCCAGAAGGUGGGGUUCGCCGGCACCAUGCCCGCCAACAUCGCCGGCCUCGUCUCCCAGCCCGGUCGCCUGGACUCGACCGAGGAGAUCAUGGCGCUGCAGGUGGCCGUGGGCAGCCUGCUCAACGAAGGAGUGAACAAGAUCGUGGUGGCGGUGAGCAACCUGCGGCUGGUGGAGCCGCUCGUCCAGCGCGUGCUGGGCAUUGACGUCGUGCUCGUGCAGGGCCAGUUCUACGCCAACCAAAACGAUUCGGAGACUCCGAUCGGCCCGUACCCGGUGGUGGAGCGGCUCCUGUGGAAGCAGAAGGUGUGCAUCGCCGGCGUGGGGGUGUGGGGCAAGCACGUGGGCAAGCUCGACGUCGUGUUCGACGAAUACGGAGUGGUCGAGAGCUGCUCUGGCGACGCCGUCCCGUUGGACGAUGACAUCACGCCCGUGGCCAGCAUUCAGGCGGAGGUGAUUCAAGACUACAACCGUUCGAUGGCCGGUCUUAGCCGAGUAAUCGGCUCGGCCGAGGUGCCGCUGGACUACAACCAUCGAUGCAUGUUUGGCGAGUGCGGUCUGGGCAGCUGGACCGCAGAGGCGCUUAAGAAAGCCGGCCGGACCGAGAUCGGAAUCGUCAACGGCGGCUCCUUCGGAGGGUCGGUCGAGGCGGGCAACGUCACGCUGGCGCAGUUCGUGCGAUCGUUCCCGUUCCCGGCCGACUUGAUCGUGACAAUGGACCUCAAGGGCAAGCACCUGCUCGAGGUGCUCGAGCACUCGGUGUCCCUCUCCAACGAGACCUCCUUUGAAAUUUCGCAGGGCAUCGGACGCUUCCUCCAGGUGUCGGGGCUUCGGUUCACAUUCAAUGCGAAGGAGUCCGUCGGGAUGCGCAUCGUCAACGUGUGGGUGCAAGACUCUGCGAUCGCCGCCGCCGCGACGACCACCCAGCGGGCCACCACCUGGACGCUGGUCGAUCCCGAGCGCGACUACUCGCUCACCACCAUCUCUUACAUCUCGAGCGGACAGGACGGCUACGCGGUCAUCCCCGCCAACGCCCAGAACGUGCAGACCACCGUCCGCACCGCCGAGAACGUGUAUCGAGAGGGCUUGGCUGCGGGUCCGAUCACGGGCUUUGCCACGGGUCUCAUCGUGACCAGCACCGCCUCACGCCGGACCUGCAUCGCGCCCGGCUCCACCACCGAGCUGCUGUGCAACGGCAACGGCGACUGCAUCGCCGGCUCCUGCGAGUGCACCGCCCCUGGCGCCACUGGCGAAUUCUGCGACUUCUCGUCAUCGUCGUCGGGCUCGGACGACACUCUGGCGAUUGCGUUGGGCGUCAUUCUGCCGCUGGCGUUCAUGGCGGUGGUGCUGGCGGUGCUGGUCGCCGUGCUCGUGCUCGGGUACAUGCGGUACCGGCGGCCGAAGCUCAUCCUCAAGGAGCCCAACUACCAGCUGCUCGUGUGGCGCCGGGACUCGCUGGAGGCCGGGGCCGAGGUCAAGAUGCUGCCCAUGCGCCGCCUCAGCGUCAAGGUGCAGACCGUGCUCGAGGAGUUCCUGAUGGACAAGCACGUGGUUCAGGCCAUUGGCAACGUCGCCCACGCCAAGCCUUCGUCGAGCGACGAAGUGGCCGCAGCCAUGAUGCUGGUGUACCAGUCGUCUGACAAGGGCACGGACCUGAUCCGGCUGCUGCUCAAGAACGAGCUCAUGGCGCUCGACGACGAGAAGGUGCUGUUCCGCGAGGACACGCCCGGCGUGCAGGCCUUCUCCGUCUUCAGCCGCAUGGUCGGCCUGCCCUACCUCUGGAACACCUUCGCGCUCCCCAUCGCCGAGCUCGAGCUCGCCAACAACGCCCACCUCGGGAGCAACCCGUCGAAGAGCAAUGUCACCGACAGCGACCCGGCGCCGCUCGGGACCAUCUUCUCGCUCACUACCUCGGUCGAGAUCAACCCGAAGCACCUGGAGGAGGGCCAGGACAACUCGGUCGGGCGACUGCAGCUGGAGCUCAUCCUGCAGAAGCUGGCCACCCGCAUCUUCACCUCCCUGCCCUACUUCCCGCUGUACCUGCGGCAGCUGUGCCACAUGCUCUACGAGGACAUGCGCUACGACCACCCGGACUACAUCCACCGCGUGCUGGGCAACCUCAUCUUCCUCCGCUUCAUCUGCCCGGCGCUGCUGGUGCCACAGAGCUACGGCCUAGUCAAGGGCGAGGUGCACCCAAAGACGCACCGGACGCUGAUCCUGAUCGCCAAGGUGCUGCAGAACCUGGCCAACAAGAACGACUUCAGCGGCAAGGAGGAGUUCAUGGAGGUCAUGAACGGCUUCAUCGAGCGUAACGUCGGCAAGUUGGAGGAGUUCUUCAACGGCCUGUGCGCGGAGACGGACGAGCCGCGGUUCGGAGACCCGCCGACGUCGAUCGUGCCGCGGCAGUUCCGCAAGAAGGCCCUCACAGUCCUGUACCAGUUCGUGCGAUCGCACGGCAAGGAGAUCCACGACGAGCUGAGCGAAUUCCCGCCCUACGCCGUCCAGGAAUCGCUUGAGCGGCUCAAGUACAUCACGCGAGACAUUAACAUCAGGGACUUUGCCAGCAGUGACGAAAGCGAAAGUGAAUCCGAGGCAGAAGGCAGCCGAUGA